CACGAUCCCUCUCACGAUCCCUCCUCUCCAUGUUUCUCUGUCUAUAUUUUUAUUUUAUUUUUCAAAAAUUAUUCAUAUUAGCGGGCGUCUAACUCCGUGACGGCAGCUACAUCCGCCGGGUAGUUAUCGUGAAAUGCAUCUGACAUCACUGUAGCGUCCGGUGGCCGUUCCCCUCUAUAGUCUAUACCGCCGCCAUCGUGCCACUAUUGGCCGCGAUUAACUGCGUAGCUAGGCAUGGGAAAGAUGUACAAGAAGAAACAACAUGUUCCUUCCAGAGAACAUACCAAUAAGCAGGAAAACGAAAUGGACUUAAAAAUGGACUUAAGGACGAUUAUGAAAGAUGUUGAAAACUUCAGCAACUCGCAUAUGACAUGGAAAGAGCGCAAAAAGAUUGAAGAUAGGAAGGUUGUCUCCCUUGGUGGGAAGGUUCCGUUUAAAGCUGUUUAUAAUGUCCAGAUUCUAACUAUAUCAAGGUUCGGGCGUAAUCUUGUUAAUAAAGAAACCAAUUCAUAUUACAAAGACUUACCGGUGUUUGAAAAUUUAACCAAACUUUGUCUAUCUUGGAGGCCUCAUACCCAACUGCAUGAAUGGGAUGAGGUUGUCAAAAUGCUCCAUAAUUGUCCAAAACUUCAAUUUCUUACCAUUUUUAAGGCAGAUAGUUCACCAACCAAAGAGGAUUGGAAAUACCCAUUUCAUGUUCCUCAAUGUCUAUCAUCUCAUCUAACAACGAUUAACAUUACAGAAUAUGAAGCUAUCGAAGCUGAUUUUCGAUUCGCAUCAUAUAUUUUGGAGAAUGCGAGACAUUUACAGAACAUGAUCAUUUGCCGUAAUCUUCUCCCAAAACCAAUGGAGAGCCCCCGUUUUUUAAGUGAUUUAUUCUCUUGCUCAAGGAUUUCUCCUACAUGGAUGGGAAAGAUGUACAAGAAGAAACAACAUGUUCCUUCCAGAGAACAUACCAAUAAGCAGGAAAACGAAAUGGACUUAAAGAUGGACUUAAGGACGAUUAUGAAAGAUGUUGAAAACUUCAGCAACUCGCAUAUGACAUGGAAAGAGCGCAAAAAGAUUGAAGAUAGGAAGGUUGUUUCCCUUGGUGGGAAGCCCCUCAAGAAUCAGAGAUUAUCUUUAAGUGUGGCACGACCAAUGAUGAAGAAACAAAAGCAGAGGGAAGAAAAAAUGCUCCAAGAGCGUAUGAUUCUAGGACGGUUUGGGGGAAAGGUUGGUGGUAGUAGCAAGAGUAAAAAACCAGUUGGAAAACACAAGCCUGAGGACAGGGGUUUGAAGUUAAGCGAAGGUCGUUUUAGAAAUGGUAUACUUGACGUGAAGCAUUUGUUGAAGUCAACACCCACAAGAGGUCAUGACACGGGUAAAAAUAUGUCCAAUAUAGGGAAAAGAAAAGGAGGCAAUGGGAAACAUGAUAAGAAGGGUGGUGGUAAGAAGCACGAAAUGUUUUAGAAAAUGAGAUUACGGUAUUCAAUGUGUAUGAUUUUUAUUAAUCUGUCAUUGUUCUUAAGCUGUUCAACUUAUUUAUGGGAAGUUAAUCAAUUUUGAAGAUGUUUAUAUGGAGAAGUGAAAAAAUAGAACCUCUCUCUUUAUCCUGCA